GGCGCAUUUGGAACCAGAGACCCUCGUGCCGUCCAGAAGGUAGUGGAGAUGAAGCAAAGUCGACCGUGUCUCGAUUCCUCCCAACGUUCCACUGUUCCUUGGAGCAGAUCCCGCAGCUUAUAGGGCGGCUGUGCUGGCUGCCCGGCCGACAUGGAAGAUAUCUCUCAAUCUUCGAUACGAACGGCCCCGGACAGAAAUAUUUUGCCGUCGAUCCAUUAGACACCGGAAGACCACCAAGCGAGGCCUUGCAGAUUGCGACUUCGACCAUGUACCGAAUUGGAGUCGACGUCGGUGGAACGAACACCGACGCCGCCAUCCUUGAUGUCAAUGCUCUCGACACCGACUCGCGUGGUGUGCUUGCCACAUGCAAGACUUCUACAACAGCCCACGUGACUCUGGGGAUCCAGAACGCAGUGAGAGAGGUCCUCGCUCGCUCGAACAUUGACAGAAGUAAAGUGUUGAAUGUCGCAAUCGGGACGACUCACUUCGUAAACGCCGUUGUCGAGAAUGAUGCCCGGAGGCUUAGUCGGGUGGCCGUGAUAAGGCUCUGUGGCCCCUACACCAGAAAGAUUCCUCCUUUUGCCGACUUCCCAUAUGCAUUGAAGAGCAUCAUUGAGGGUCCCGCGUUCUACCUCGACGGCGGACUUGAGAUUGACGGCCGGGAGAUCUCUCCACUCAACCCUGAGCAAAUCAAAGCCACGGCUGCGGCAAUCGUGGAAGCAGGUAUCCAGUAUGUUGCGGUUGUCGGAGUAUUCUCUGCGCUCGAUCAGAACGGUCUCCAUGAAGAGCGAUGUAAGGCGCUUUUGCAACAAUUUGAACCAGGAUUAUCUGUCGUCUGCUCGGGCCAGAUUGGCGGAACCGGACUGUUGACUCGCGAGAAUGCCACCGUCCUGAACGCGGCGAUCUUGGGCUUCGCCCGCAGGACUAUCCGGGGCUUCAGACUUGCCAUGCACAAGCUUGACCUCUCGUGUCCACUGUACCUAACACAGAAUGACGGAACACUCACCGAUGCUGCGGUGGCGGCGGAAUUGCCCAUCAAAACCUUCGCGAGCGGUCCAACCAACAGUCUGAUGGGAGCCGCUUUUCUCCAGGGGCUCGAUCACGGUGACCAAAGACUAGCCGACAAGCAAGUUGUGGUGGUCGACAUCGGUGGGACGACGACCGACAUCUGCUCCCUCUUGCCAUCUGGAUUUCCUCGACAAGCGCCUAACUUUGUUGAGGUGGGUGGAGUACGCACUGCCUUCUCCAUGCCAGAGGUGCUCUCCAUCGGUCUCGGAGGAGGGAGUCGCGUGCGUCAAUCCGCGGAGGAUGGGAGAGUCACUGUCGGUCCGGACUCGGUUGCGCAUCGUCUCACAACUGAUGCCAUGGUGUUUGGAGGAAAUGUCAUGACUGCGACGGAUAUCGUCGUGGCUUCGAGAGCGGCCGAGGUCGGUGACUUCGAAAAAGUCAAGGGCAUUCCUGAACCGGUGAUUGCUGGAGGGAAAGCCGAUAUAAAGCGACAGUUGGAACGAGCCAUUGAUAAGAUGAAGGUCUCGUCUGCUCCCGUGUCUGUCCUUCUCGUGGGUGGAGGUUCUAUCAUCCUUACGGAGGACCUUGACGGAGUAGAAGAAUGUCUUCGACCGCCUCAUCACGACUCCGCGAACGCCGUUGGUGCAGCCAUCGCGAAGGUGGCAGGGGAAGUCGACGUGAUCGAGAUAUUGGCUGGCCGAGAUGAGAACGCCGCGAUCGAGGCAGUCAAGAAGGCCGCAAUCGCGGCCGCUGUGUCGAAUGGAGCAGACGAAAGGGACGUCAAGAUCGUGGAGAUCAAGAAGAUCCCCCUGCAGUAUGUGACCAACAAGACCACCAGGUUUGUGAUGAAAGCAGUCGGAAGCCUUCGAGCCCGAGACGGGGCCGUCCAGAAUGGGGUUUCUAACGGCACGCUCGACCACGAGCAAGACCUGGAGGCCGACACGACGCAAGAAGCGACCAAAGCCGAGGCCACAGACGUGCAGAAGGGCAGUUUGGCGAAGCCGACAUUCGGUGUCGACAUUGCAAAGUAUCGUCCCGACGUCCGGGACGGCGUCUGGUACAUCUCUCCCGUCGACGUGCAACUGAUCGCUUCAGGCGCAGGCAUUCUCGGUACCGGGGGUGGCGGCUCGUCGUAUCUAAUGGCUCUGUACACAUUGGACAUCCUGCGCAAAGCCGGUCAGGGGGCCAUCCGCGUGGUUCCUCUUGAAUCUCUCAAAGACGACGGGACCUGUGUGUUCGGUGCAGGAUAUGGCGCACCUUCAGUGAGCGACGAGCGGAUCAGCGCGGGCACGGACGUGUUCGCAGCCAUCGACGCCGUCAACAGCAUCAUGGGCAUCAAAGACUUUGACGGCAUCGUGGCAGAUGAGAUUGGAGGAGGCAAUGGACUUGUGACGUUUCCCACAAGUGCUCGCUAUGGUCGACCGGUGGUUGACUGCGACUUGAUGGGCCGUGCUUAUCCGACGCUCGAGCACGGAACUCCUUAUAUUUAUGGACAGCCAGUGCUGCCAUUUGCUACUGCUGACUGUAAAGGGAACGCAUCAGUGGUUCUGGCCGCCGAAUCCAACAAGCGAGUAGAAUCGCUGACACGCCAGACCUGCAUUGAAAUGGGCAAUUCCACUGCUGCGGCCGGAAGGCCACUCUCUGGUAAAGUCAUCAAAGACUACGCCGUACCCAACACUGUCUCCCAGGCAUGGUACCUGGGACGCGCCGUCCAUCUAGCCCGGGAAGCUAAAAUUGAUUUUAUAGAGGCCAUUUCGAGCAUCACCCCAGUCAAAGAACUCUACGUUGGCAAAGUUGUCGACGUCACUCGCGACGUCUCCCGUGGUUAUACAGUCGGUCGAUGCGUGAUCGCCCCUUUGUCCGCCGAAGAACAAGACGACGGCUCAAGCGCAUCCACUCGCGCGAACCGUGAAACCCGCCACCUCGUCAUCCCGUUCCAGAACGAAUACCUCUCCGCGGGUUUCAUUUCGCAGUUUCCAACCACAUCAUCGUCACAACAAGAGGAGCUCGAAGAGGAGAUAAUAUGCACGGUCCCCGACUUGAUCUCGAUCCUUGGUAGCGACGGCGAGGCUCUCGGUUCUCCUGAACUGCGUUACGGUCUGAAAGUCCGCGUGAUAGGGAUGCCAGCCUCUCCACUGUGGACCGGGAGCGUAGAAGGCUUGAGAGUCGGCGGACCGGAGUUUUUUGGCCUCAAGUGCCGAUGGGAAGAGGUUAGGGAGAAGGGGAGGGCGAAUGGGAUGGGAGUGGGAGAAUAUCAAAGGCCGAGGAGUGUCAUCGAGGAGUUUAAUGUGAGCGCGUGA